AUGAGUUCCCAUCUUGGAGACGGUCCGAUGGGAACGCGUGUUGGCAGAACAUCUCCGAGCACCGAAGGGAUCAAAGCCUUCUCUCUCUUUGGAUGCGCUCACGAGACGAACCGACACGGACACCUGUGCACGCUUUGUCCACUCAGGCGAAAGCCAGGGCGCGCACCAACCCUUGCAUUAGCUCCCUUCAUCUUCCUCCUUCGCUUCCUUUAUGCACCACUAAUUGCUACGCCCUGGCGCCCCACCAAAUUACUCAAAGCCUCCGUCGCCUUUUCACCCCUUGAUGAACUUAAUAUGCAAAGCAUUGCGGCUGUUUUGCGCAGGUUACCACUCUCUGCAGAGGCUGGUGGACAGACAGGUCGCUCCUGUUGUGUGUGUCUUGCUUGCCGGCGGCAAGCCUCCAGCCUUGUGUGUGUUCUUCCGCUUACUGGAGGGAAAGAGGAGCAGGAGGAGGCAGCUGGAGGCGAGAACGCGGGCACGACAACACGCACACUCGCGCGCUAUUCAUUCAGCUUCCCAACCUCUACACUGUGGUCGCAGCGUGUGCGCUAG